CCGACAUUGCUGUAACGAAAACUGACAAAAAUCAACUAAAUUUCAACAACAUUAAGUCGGAGUUAUUUCUAGAAAAGACAAAGCAAACUAAACAUGAUGCAGCCAGCGGACCAGAUCUUCGCCUGCGGAUUCGAGCUCUUUGGGCGAGUACAGGGUGUGUGCCUGCGGAAGCAGACCCGAGAUCUCGCCACAAUGAACCAGGUGCGCGGGUGGGUGAUGAACACGGACGAGGGCACGGUGAAGGGUCAGCUGGAGGGCACCCUGCCCAAGGUCAACGAGCUGAAGUUCUGGCUUCUGAAUUUCGGCAGUCCGCGCUCGAUUAUCGAGCGGGCGGAGUUCACGCCCACCAAGGAGAUCACAUCGCACAACUUUAGCCGCUUCUCGAUUCGCUACCACAACGUGUCAGCCACGAAAAAGGCCAUUUAAUGGAGGAAUAGUAACUUGUCUGCUACCAAAUUGUAACUGUGUAUUGCUGUAAUUAUUUGUUUGGACCUUUAAAUUGAGCUGCCUACGAAGUGCUUCUACGAACAUCAUUUAUAAACCUCUAAAAUGAAAAACAGGCUGCCAGCCACUAAUUAAGCCGCACAAAGAAAUGCUCAGCGCAAUUACAUGGAGGCUGGCACAUCCACUAUAUACUUAUUUUUAUAUAUCUACAAAAGUAAAUAUAUGUGAGAUGACUUGGUUAGACAGACACCUGCAGCUUCAGCUUCAGCUUUAGCUUCAGUUUUCGCUUCGGCUUGGCCACAUUUCCAGUUGAGCGACGCCCCAAACUGGCAAUGAGUUUUUACGGCACACAAACAGCAGCCAACUGCCAACUGCCAACAGCCAAGAGCCGUGAGUCGAGCAACAGACAAUACUGGGUAUACGGAAUAUCUAGAAUAACAACAGAGAGCCGCAAAUAUUUAUUGCAGUGCGCUGAACAAGAGCAAAUUGAGUAUUUUGAUUGAAGGUGAAAAUCUGGAAGUAUCGUGACUUUUCAAGGCGGAAGGUAUUAUAAAAGUACAUUUUAAGGAAGUGUGUCUUCAAUUUAAUUUGUAUCUGUAAAAGGAAGAUAGAAAUAAAGAUAGUAAUCUGUAAAAAGAA